AUGGGUACAGCUAUGUUUGCAAGAGUCACAUUCUAUCCUACACUCUUAUACAAUGUGCUGAUGGAGAAGGUGAGCACCAGGCGCUGGUAUGAUAGGAUGGAUGACAACGUGAUCCUUGGGGCCUUGCCUUUCCAAGGAAUGACCAGACAGUUAAUUGAAGAGGAAAAUAUAAAAGGAGUGGUGUCUAUGAAUGAAACAUAUGAGCUAAAAAUAUUUUCAAAUGAUUCAGAGAAAUGGCGCGACCAUGGAGUGGAAUUUUUGCAGUUAGCAACAACAGACAUUUUUGAAGCGCCAGAUCAAGACAAAUUGUAUGAAGGUGUGCGUUUUAUCAAUCGGUUUUUGCCAUUAGAAAACAAGUUGCCAAACAUAAAAGAUGAGAAGCCGGUGAACAACGGCACGGUGUACGUACACUGUAAAGCGGGGCGCACGCGCAGCGCUACAUUGGUGGGGUGCUACCUAAUGAUGAGAAAUGGCUGGUCACCGCAAGAAGCAGUAGAAUAUAUGAAAUCAAGACGACCCCACAUAUUGUUACAUACGAAACAGUGGCAGGCCCUCGAUAUAUUCUAUAAGCAACACGUACAGACG